AUGAGUAUGAAUCAGAAGUUGACAAAAGAUAAGCAUGGAAAAGAUGUAGGCCCAAGUCUCUAUAGAAGCUUGAUUGGAAGCUUACUCUAUCUCACAGCUAGCAGGCCGGACAUCUCUUUCAGUGUUGGAGUUUGUGCAAGAUAUCAAGCAACACCAAAGGAGUCUCAUUUGAAAGCUGUUAAACGUAUCAUCAGAUAUGUACAUGGUACUGCAGAGUAUGGAAUUUGGUAUUCAAAAGAAUCCAACUCACAUCUUGCAGGUUAUAGUGAUACAGAUUGGGCAGGAAACAUUGAUGAUAGAAAAAGCACCUCAGGAAGAUGUUUCUAUCUUGGCAACAACUUGGUCACAUGUAUAGUAAAAAGCAAAAUUCCAUUUCACUCUCUACUGCAGAAGCUGAAUAUGUAG